ACAAAAAAAAAAGGCCAUUAACACACAAAGUGCACCUCUUUUUCUCCCGUCUUCAAAGUUACUUUCUCUUCCACGUGUAUUCCCAAAACGACCCCAUCCCCUUUUCAAAACCCCAAAAAUCUUUCUUCCCUGCCCUGGCUCCCUCGUAAUUUCCCUCAUUUUCGAUCCCAUUCUUCCCAACCGCCCCCGCCUCCACUCUCUGAUCUGUUCUCUGCGUUAACCUUUCCCUCUCUUUCUUCGUUAGGGUUCACACCGACUUCACUCCUAUUCUGCGCUAUUAGGGUUUCCAGUAUUUUUUUUUUUUGCCCGUUUCGACAAUCGCCGUUAGUUUUCUGUUUGAAGAUUCUAAUUAGGGUUUUUUAUAUUGAAUAUUGAUUUGGGAGUAGGGUUUUGACUUUUUAUUCGGAGAGUUUUGUGUCCCCUUUUUAUUUUUAUUUUCCGGUUAGGGUUUUAUUGAGUUUUCGUAGUUGGCUCCGGUGAUGACGCGAAGUUCAAGGCACAAAUCUAGCAAGCAUAGUUCAAGUGAUGCUAGGGACUACUCAGAUUCGGAGAAAGAUUCGGGAUUAAAGGAGAAGGAAAAGAAGACUAAGGAGGAGAGCAGUGGUUGGAUUUCGAAGGAGUCGGGAUCCGGUGAGAAGAGAAAUCUCAAUUCGAAGGAGACCAGUAAGGACCUCUGGAGUUCGGGGAAUGGCGAGUAUGUGGAAGAGUACAGUUCCUCGAAGCGGCGCAAAGAUAAGGCAGAUGAUGGAGUAAGCGACAGGUGGAAUGGCGGUGAGGAUGAUGGUAAAGGAGACAAGAAGUCUAAAGCUUCUAGUGAAUCAAAGAGUAAGAGACAAGGGGAUGUGGAAAGAGAUGAUGCAAAGAGGGGAAAGAGUGAGGGGAAGCAUGGAGAAUCCAGUAGAAAGGAGGAAAGGGAGAGAGAGAAGAAAGGUAAAGAAGGCAAGAUUGAUAGGUUGAUUGAGAGUGAAGAACGCCGCACUGUAAAACAAUCCACUGAAAAAACUGAGUUGAAUGUAGCAGAUCGGUUGCAAAGUCCUGAAUCAGAGAGCCGAGUUAGGAAAAGGAGAGAUGGUUCUGGUGAUGGGGAUAAGCAUAUGGAAGAUAAUAGAGGUAUUUUGGAUAGACAGGUGUCUCUAAGGAAUGAUACUUGGAAGGAUGGAAGAGUAAAAGAUGAGAAGCACAAGGAUGAGAGAUACAAAGGCAAGUAUCGAGAAGACAUGGACUGCAAAGACAAGUACCGAGAUGAAAAAUUGAGAGAAGAGCGACCAGCAAGAGAUUAUGCUAAUAGUAAGUCUAGUGAGAGGCAUGUAAAGGAUGAAAAAGAUGCUGUAGCAGUUCGGCAGAAGAAGUCCAAGUUUCAAGAUAGUGACCAUGAUCGCAUUAGGGAGCGUGAGUGUGACAGGGAGCGGGAACAUGAUCGGGAUCGAGACUUAGAUUUGGGACGUGAUCGGGACUGUGCACGUUAUCGUGAUCGUGACCAUUAUCGAGAACGUGACCGCAAUUAUGAUCGUGAUCAUGACCGUGAUCGUGAUUGGGAUGGAGAUCAAGAUCAUAAUCAUCGUGACAAUGGUCAGGACAAGGUUAGAGACCAAGAUCGUGACUAUGGCCGAGAUCUUGAUCAUGACCGCGAUGGGUUACAUGAUGAAUGGAGUUCUAGAUACAAAGAUAGCAGGGGGAGGAAGAGAUCUCCUGAUGAUCAAGAUGAUGGUAAUGAUACUAAAUUUAGAGGUACCAAAGAACAGUAUACUGACAUGGAAAACAAAUCAUUGACUAGUGGUAGAGUUGAGUUUGAUGCUGAUAGGGGAAGGUCUCAGUCUUGUCAAGCCAACGUAGAUGCUGCUAUGGUCAGCAACAAAAGGAGGACUGCUUCCAGCUCGAGUUCCCCUGGUGGGACUGAUGAGUAUAGACAUUUGAAGCAAGAAGAUUCAAAGUAUAGAGAUUCAAUGACAGAGCAGAAGUCCAAAGCAGCAUCAUCAAGAGAGGCAACUAGUUUUUCUGGAGCAUCUGAAAAAGGUGCUAAGUACAGAUCCAAGGAGAAAUCAAGUAGAGUGGAUGAGGGCCAUUCUGGGGAGUUACCAAUUGAGAGGUCCUCAAGUUCAAAAGCUUCUCCAAUGAGUAUGAUGGAAAGAUCUCCUUCAACAAGUCUUAAGCGUAAAUAUAUGAAUAGAAGUGGUGUUAGGUGGAACCUUGACGUGGAGGAGACAGGAUGGAGGAGCAGUGCCUCCAUGGGUGGCAGAGAAUUAUCUGCUGUUGAGGAUAGACUAAUUCAAGACUUACCUCCUGAUAAGCCUCUUUUGGAUGAAUCCUCUCAAGCAGAUUCUGCCUUUUAUAAUAGAGCUGGUCAGACAUCUUUGAUUCCACAUCCAUGUGGUUUCAGAGCUGGAAUUGGUAGCCCUUCUUUCAUGAGUUCUCUGGAAGAAGAUAAUAGAAUUAAUAUCAGUGGCCGUUACAAGAGGGGUGGUGAUUUGAAUGUUGGAAGAGGGCAAGCAAAUCCUUGGCAGGGUGCCCCAAACUGGCCAUCACCUGUUCCAAAUGGCUUCUUCCCAUUCGAACCUGGGCUGCCCCAUGGUGGUUUUCAACCUAUGAUGCCUCAGUUUCCUUCUCCAUCUCUGUUUGGCAUUAGACCCUCGAUGGAAAUUAAUCACUCUGGGAUUCCUUAUCAUAUACCUGAUGCUGAAAGGUUUUCCAACCAUUUGCGCCCAAUGGGCUGGCAGAAUAUGAUGGAUGGCUCUGGUCCAGCCCAUUUGCAUGGUUGGGAUGGAAAUAAUGUAGUUUUUAGGGAUGAAGCACACAUGUUUGGGGACUCUGAAUGGGACCGGAAUAGGCAUCCAGUGAAUGGUCGGGGAUGGGAUACCACUUCAGAUGUGUGGAAAGGACAAAAUGGUGAUGUUGACUUGCCCUCAACACCUCAGAAAGAGGAUCAUCCUGUGCAGGCCCCUCUUGAUGAUGUUUAUAAUGGACAGGAACGUUAUAGGUCUCAAUAUGAAAGUAGCAAUAGUGGUGUUCAGGUGAAAUGCCUUGAAAUAAAAUCUGAUGUCAUGUCACCAGUAAAAGAAUCUUCUAGAUUUUCACCUGAGAUUCCACACAAAUCACCUCAUUCUUCCAAAAUAUCAAGUGAUGAUGGUGCUGCUCAUUAUUGCCAGUUUUAUCUUUCUAAGCUUGACAUUUCAACAGAACUUGCUGGUUCUGAGUUGUUUGAUCGGUGCAUGAGCUUACUGAAUGUGGAGCGAAGUAAAAAUUUGGUUAAAGAUUUAACAAUGCUUGUGAAUUUGAAGAAUGGUGGACAAGCAGUACAAAAGGCUUCAAUUGCUAUGCUGAGCCCUUCACUCAUUCCUGCAACUAAUGCUUCUGUUUUUCAGAAAGCCAUGGACCUUUACAAGAAGCAGAGGCUACAAAUGGGUGCUAUCCUAAAUAUCAAUGGUGGAAUAUUAGCAUUUAUUUCAGGGUCCAAUCAGGAGAAGGGGAAGGAGCAAAGUUCCGAUCAUGUUGUAGAAGCAGAGGAGCCAGUUUUUAUUUCUGAUUCUGAAAUGCUGGAUUCAGUUCAGCAUAAAGGAGAAGCUGUUCCAACUGCUGCUUCUGAGGAGAAUAUGGAACUGCUAGUUUCAGUUCAAAGUGGAGAGUUGCCAGAUCAUAUGGAUAGCCUUUCUCCAGAGAAAUCAGAACUGCCAAAUACUGAUUUUGGUAAUAGGAGCCCAGAGGUGCCCAAACCAGUUUUGAAUGGCAAUGAGGUGGAAAAGAUCGAGUCUGAGCAGAUGAUUUCAGGGGAUGUAGUUGGGGAUUCCUUCAGGUUGGUUGAUAAUGCAUCAGAGGCUGUUCUUAUGCCCAUUGAUGGUGAAAAUUCAAAUGAAAUAGACCAAACUGAAGGCGAUAAGUCUGUCUGUUAUGCCAAUGAAAGGCAGGCUUUUGAUGAUGCAAUUAGUGGUUCCUUAAUUUUGUCAGAUGGUUCUCCUAAGGUAUCUGGGGCUUUGAUUCCUGGAUCAAAUGAGUCUGAGUCCGUAAUUUUAAGUCGGAUACAUCAUUCUCCUGAAAAUACACGUUGAGACAAUUUCUAUAUUGUUGUUCUUUAAUGUGCUUUUUGUUAAUUUAUUAUUGCCUUUUAUUAUUAUUAUUAUUUUUUGGUUGCCUAUCAUUAUCUUUAUUAAGGAAAUAAAAUGAGAUAUGGCAUUUGGUUUCCUGGAUUAGGCAUCCUUGCAUCUUGAUUCUUGAUCAUCGUCACGUACUACUUUCUGUUUGGAUGCAUCUAACAUUUGAAGUUGCCCUCUGAAUCAUCUCUGCUCUAGUUGUCUUGCUAUGAUUUUGUUUUAAUGUCUUCCUAUUUCUGGUUCAGAUAAAUGAACUUACCGUUUAUCUUUUAUGAGUUGGCAUUUUUGUUGCUAAUGGUGCAUGCUAUUAUCUUUGCACUAUGAUUAUAGUUGUGGGGAGAGGUAAGUGAGCCUGACUCGUGAAAAUCUCAAUAUUAGGCUGCUAUAAUAUUUCUAACGUUUCACAGGCUUAUUUAGGUGGAUGCUUUUUAGUUUGGUCAGUUAACUGUUUCUUUUUUUUGGUCAAUUUUUCGUAAUUCUUCAACUGCCAAAGAAAGAGCACAAAUUUAAUAAGAUGGCGUUUUAAUUAAUUAAUUAAUUAAUUAAUACUAGUAGCAUGUUUGUUUGAGCGUUGAUGGGGCGGAACAGACAGAUUCUAGGGUCCUUGUGGAAACAAUAAGCUUUUGGGCUUCACAACUUUUUUAUAAAUUACUACUCGCAUUAAUUGCAUAUAUUUUUAAUUUUAGAUUCAAAUUAUUGAAUAAUAUAUAUUGUAUCAAUAAUUUACAAAGAAGUAAUAACCCAAGAUGUAAGUUACGGGGCCUUGCAAUAAUUGUACUAUUUCAUCAAAAAUUAAUAAUGCAUCCUUUUUUUGUCAUAUUAUUUUUUAUUACUAUGAUUUUAUUUUAAUUCAAAAUUUUACAAUGGGAUGGGUUGGGCUUAAACCCUGGACCUGGAGUUAGUUGUCAGUGUCCUUCAUAGGCUAGCAUGGCACAAGUCCAACCAAAUUCAACAUCAAAGUUCAAGUGGGUUUUUUCUCAUCAAUAUAAGACACCUACACAUAAU